AUGCUUCAGACGAUUAACAGGGUCUUUACCCAUAGCACCAGCUUCAAGAGAAGGGGAAAGGGGGAUCAUGAAAACAGCGGAGACAAGUCCCCGCUUAGCGGAAAAUACUCUGCCGCAGGGGAUCAGCGACCAGACUCCCCUAUUCGACUCGGAUCGCCGUCGAUUGCAGCGCUAGGCGAGUCGACGCUUAAGAAGAUCGUUAACCGGUCGUUCUAUGGCGACACGUCGGUGGAGCCGCUUGUCGAUGGGAGGGGGGGAACGGGGAAGGAGGUUCCGACGGAAAUGCUCGCGUUCGAGAUAGGAGCCAUCAUGCGUCGCACGCUCGAAAUAUGCGACUCCAUGUCCGAGAAAAUGCUCUCAUCGCUGCGCGCCAACCUUCAGGCGCCUGGCGUUGUAACUUUAAUCUCCAGCGACCUUAGAGUACUAUGGGGCCUCGCGGGGUACGAGAAGCAUCAGGAGCUGCGGUCCGUCGCGUGCCGCGUCGCGGUGUUGGGUCGCAAGUGCCGGGAAUCGCGACUACACCGACUCGAGCGGCUCUUUGCGCGGCUCGACAGCACAGAUGCCGAUUAUAAGAUGUUCGCCGCGUCUUCCGCUGAAGGGGAGGUGCUUCUUAGGUUCAUGCGCGAGCAAGCGGAGGCGACGAGCGAGCUGAAGAGCGAGAUGGAGUCCAUCCAGGAGCUGCACAGCCGCAUUCAGGAGUACGGGGAGUGGAACUCGCUGCAGGAGAUGGUGACGCAGGGCAAGCUGGUGGAGAAGCUGCAGGGCCACUGCCUCUGGGCGUACCACCUCGACUUCCUCGUGCAGCUGCUCAUCAUAGCAGCAUGCUACGUGCGCAAGAAGAUCUUCGCAGCGUUUGGGCACGGCAUGUGUCCGCCGCGCAUCCGGGAGGCGUGUGUGGGGGAGGCGGGCCUCGCGCUGCACUAUGCCAACGUGGUGGUGCUGCUGGAACGGAUCAUACAACAGCCGGACGAAGUGCUAGGGCCUACAAGGGACGAGCUCUAUGAAAUGCUUCCGCGCAACAUACAGUACCUGCUGCGCGUGCAGCUGCAGGAUUCACUCAACUUCCAGGCGGAUGGGCGAGUGGAGGCGAAUCUCAAGCGCGGGCUGCUGCUGCUGCCCACCAUGGCGCACAACACCAUCACCUGGCACUCGCUGCACACCCCUGGAGCUGCUCUUGACUCCUCUGAGACGGUGUUUCAAGUGCAGACGUUCUACUUUGCGAAUCUGCAGGCAGUGAACGCCACUCUAGUGGACGUGCUCCUGGGCCUGUGCCGCAUCUGCGGCGUGGAGUCCCCUAUAGGCUGUGUGUCCACCCAGGUGCCGGCCUCCCUCGACUACUCCCAGCUCGUGGCAGAGAAGGUGGCGGAGGCGGAGCGCCAGUUCCGCAAGGCGUGUGGCAUGGAUGAGAGGGACGAGGACUGGUUUGGGGGGGAGGUCACCAAGGUGCAUGAUGACUCGUGCCAGGCUAGACGCGCGCAAACGCCGAGGGGUGGUGAGGCGGCUCCAGUAGCUUCAGCAGUGUCAGUAGUUUCAGCAGCUUCGGGCAGUGUUGUGCGGGAAAAGGGCUUGCAACCCAGUAGUAGCCGGUUCAAGGGGACAGAUGCGUCUGGUCCUCCUGCUGCUGCUGCUGCUGCUGCUGCUGCUGCUGGUGUUGGUGGUGUUGGUCCUUGUGGUUCCUCCUCCUCCUCCCCCUCUCGUCUCCCCACGCCUCCCCCUCCCGCCACCUACUCCCGACCGCGCAUCCCCUCCUCUCGAUCAGACAGCUCCUUCCUGCAGCAGCAGGGGGGCGGAGGGCAGAGAGGGAAAGAGAGCAUGCGAAACAGCGGCGGCGGGGUGUGUAAGAGCCAGAGCUGCAGCCCACAGGCAGACAGGCUCGUGGUUGCUUCCUGUGCUUCCUCCUCUCCUGGUCGCCCCUCCCCUGGCCGACUCUCCCCAAGUGACGCCUCCCCCAGUCGAGCCUCCCCUAGUCGCGGCUCCCCCGGGCAAGCCUCUGGGUGCUUCUCCCCUCAGGGCCUCCCGUUCCUCUCCCCCGCUGGUACCCCCUCCCCUGCUGACUCCCCCCGCUCGUCCCGACUGGGGCGGGGGGAGGCAAGGGGGAACGUGGGGGAAGGAUUGGGGGAAGGAGAGGCCAGAGGGGAGGGGCGGGGGGCAAGAGAGGCGACUGGGGAGGUAUUGGGCGGAAGAGGGGCCACUGGGGAUGGGCAGGGGGAAGGAGAGCAGGAGAGGGAGACACAGGGGGGGGCAGAGUUAGAGGCGGCCACAGGGGAAGCGAGGAAACGGAACAGCAGGAGCAGCUGGGGGUCACAGCGAUGGGGCUUUGGCAAGUCAAGAUCCAUGCGAGUGACCACAGCUCCUCCCGCCACACCUCCUCGCCCCUCCACCCCUCCUCCCAGCAGCUUCUCUUCCGAUCCCAUGCUUGCUGCUGGUGCCACUGAUUGGGAUACCGAAAGCCCUGCUGUUGCCAGGGUUGACGGGAGCCUUUCACCAGAUCAUUCCCUCUCCUCCUCUCUGCUCUCCCCCUCGCUGCUGGAAACCAGGCGACUACGCAAAGCCAUGCAGGGAGGGGCGAUAGUGGGGUGUUUCACCGGGGGUGGGGCAGCAGCAGCUUUGGACAGCGAGUCAGAGGCGGAAGGGGGACGGAGGGCGAGGGGAGGCUCUAGGCCUGGUACAGGCAGGUCUAGCGGGAGGGUGAAGGGCGAGCGAGUGAGUGGGGAAAGGGUGAGUGGAAGAGCAAGUAGUGAAUCAGGUGGCUCAGGGCGCCGAUCGAAGCUGCUUGGGGGUAGCAGCAGGGAGAAUGUCAAGGGCAGUGGGGAUGGGAGCGGGAGUCGGAGUGGUGAUGCUGAGGGAGCGACCAGCAGCAGCACUCCAAGAAAGACGAAGCAUUUCUACUCCCAGCCAAUGCCGCCGCGUGCGCAGUGGAAUGAGCAGAUGGGGGUUGCAACGGAGGCUGACGGGGCCUUGUAA